AUGGCGCUGUCCUCCCUCUUCAGCCUCUUUCUCCUGUCUCAACUUGCCGUCGGCGGAGUGGUCAAGCGCGCCACGCCUGAUCCCCAGUACGCCACAGUCGUCAGCCCGACUGCCAACCAGACGGUCAAGCUCGAUGGCUCGACGCUAGUCGACCUCCUCUACUAUGGAGUGGGCGGCGAUGGCUACACGACGAAAAACAUUCGCAUCUACAUCGCCGACUUUAAUGCCACGCACCCAGACGGCUUCAACAGCCUCUCGGGAGAUCAACGCUAUGGCCUCGACGCCUACAUGACUGUGCCUCCCAAUGCCUUCCAGCCUGGCUCGACUCAGAAGGAGCAGUCGAGCCAUGCAUUCAAUGCCUACAACUUUUCGGCGUUGCCCCUGCCACGUGCCCACGUGACCUCGGCCUUUUCCGCCACGCUGUCCCUCCUCGAGACGUACACGGCGCCUGACGACGGCGGUCUCGACCGGGAAAACAGGGUGGCCAUUCCUAUCAACAUUGUCCCCUCGUCGUGAUACAGACAACCCUCUAUUACUACUAAGAUACACCACUACUAGUUCUCGCGCCGCGCUAGUGAAGAAAUAAUGCGCCCCUAGAUGUUCCUAGCGCCUGCAAUUAGACUAGAUAGAGUUGCAUCUUACCCUGUGCGCAUCCUCACCCUGGGUUGUGUGUAGACGCGCACGGCGUCCACUCAUCCUCCAGAAUAAGAUGUGAGCCGGGCGCAGUAGAUCCUUCCCAUCGUCACUCAAACAUGGCUCCCGUUCAGACAAGCGAAGCAGCUGUCGUGGCCUGGCAUACCGCGCCGCAGGUGCAACACGAUGUUGUCAUUGUCGGCGCAGG